CGAAACAGUUGUAAUUUCGUUCGAAUAUGUCCUUGAACCUAGAAGAAACUGCCAAUGGUAAUGGAAAGGCCAAUGAAGAGAACAUUGAAGUAGAAACUCAACAAACAACCGCUUCUAAACCUGAAUCAGCCACCAAAAAAUCAAAAAAAGAUAAAAAAUCGAAAAAAUCAAGGGAUCCUUCAACAUUAACUCCGGAGUACAUUGAAGAGCAAAGAAGACUUAGAAACCUCAAGAAAGAACAAAAACGUCAAGAGCUUCUUGCACAAGGGAUAAACCCAGAUGAAGCAUCUACACCUCCAAAUUUGAAGUUCAUCAAAAGGGACUUUGUUUCGAUACCGAAGCAAUAUGGAUCAAGUGAUUCGUUCAAGAUUAAAAUAAUGACAUAUAAUGUGUUAGCCCAAGCAUUGAUUAGAAGAAAGUUAUUCCCAACUAGUGGAACUGCACUUAAAUGGACAAACAGAUCAGUUGUCUUAUUAGACGAAUUCAAGCACUACGACGCAGACAUUGUAUGUUUACAAGAGAUGGAUUUCAUUCAAUAUAACUCUUUUUGGAAACAAGAAUUCGAAAAAAUUGGUUACAGCUCAAAAUACUAUCGUGAAGAAGCUAAGAAUCAUGGGGUGGCUGUAGCAUUCAAGAAAGAUUUAUUUGUUUGUAAGCAGCAAAGUUUUAUCAGAUACGAUAGAGAGAAAUCAGGAGUCAUUUCUCCACGAACAGUCACUCAGAACGUGGGGCUAUUAGUGUAUUUGGAGUUCACACCACAAGUUUUACAAAAAUAUUCUAACUUAAGCAGAAAUGGGAUAAUUAUUGGUACCACCCACUUAUUCUGGCAUCCGUUUGGUACUUAUGAGAGAUCAAGACAAACCUAUUUGGUUUUGAAAAAAUUUAAAGAAUUCUAUCACACUCUUAGUGUUCUUCAAAAUAAUGACCGUGGAUUCUAUAGUUUCUUUGCUGGAGAUUUCAAUUCUCAACCCUUUGAUACCCCAUACUUAUCAAUUGCUGCAAAACCAGUUAAGUACUCUGGUAGGGGCCAAACAGUUAUCAGCUGCUCUUUGUCGUAUCAAUUUUCCAAGAACCGUGGGGUUAUUGAAGAAGACGGGGACAAUGAAGAGGAGGAGGGAGCAGAAGGUGAAGAAGAAGAAGGUGGGAAUGUUGAAAAAUUUGGAACUAAUCAACCCAAGGAUCCGGUUCCUGAAUCAUUUACUCCAAAUCAAGAACAAUUGGAACUAGUUAAUGAUAUGGAGAAGUUGCAUAAUGAUUUGGAUAUGAGAGCCGUUUCGUUAUAUUCAAUUGGAUACAAAUCAAUUCAUCCCGAAAACGCUGGUUUCGAUAAUGAAAGAAAUGAACCGAUUUUUUCAAAUUGGGCACAUACUUGGAGAGGUUUGCUUGACUAUAUUUUCGUUAUAACGAAAUGGGAUUCACAGAAAGAGGACUAUUCACAAAAAGUCGAUUCAAUUGAGGAAGUUAGCUCAAGAGAUAAUGUCAAAUUAUUGAAAUUGUUAAAACUUCCAAUGCCUAAGGACAUGGGACCAGAGCCUUCUGGUCAACCUAGAACCGGCCAGUAUCCUUCUGAUCAUCUCUGUUUGAUGGCUGAAGUUGAACUUAAUUAAUUUAUAGAAGUUACAUGCAUUUAAGCAAAGGGUUGCAAAAUAGAACUAUAUAUAGAAUAAAAAAUGAUUGUAAAUAACUAAA